AUCACCUCUCUCAUCCAGGAGUUACACAAAGCCGACUAUGUUCAUGGCGACCUUCGGGAUGCCAAUUUUGUUGUGAAAAACAAAAAAGACUUCAUGCUGCUCGACUUCGAUUGGGCUGGAUCGAAGCAAGAGACCCAUUAUCCUAUACGUGUUGAUCAGAAGGAUAUUCGACGUCCUGAUGAUGCGCGGAAUGGGAAUAAGAUUACGACGGAGCAUGACUUGGAGAUGCUA